CGGGAGAACGGUGUCGCUCGUCCUAUGACGCGGAAACCCGGACCAUAAGGAUCCAGAGACGAAAAGGUUGGAAGACGCAGUCCCCAGCCCUGUGUGUUGGGAAUUGAGCGGAUACACAGGAAUGGAAGCUGAAAGUGGAAAUCAAGAAAAAGCAAUGGAAGAAGAAAACCCUGAAAAGAAAAAAGAAGUAGAAAAAAAGAAACGGUCACGAGUUAAACAAGUGCUUGCAGAUAUUGCUAAGCAAGUGGAUUUCUGGUUUGGAGAUGCAAAUCUUCACAAGGAUAGAUUUCUUCGAGAACAAAUAGAAAAGUCCAGAGAUGGAUAUGUUGAUAUAUCACUUCUCGUGUCUUUCAACAAAAUGAAAAAAUUGACCACAGAUGGAAAGUUAAUAGCCAGAGCACUGAAAAGUUCAUCUGUUGUAGAGCUGGACUUAGAAGGCACCAGAAUCAGGAGAAAAAAGCCUUUAGGUGAACGACCAAAAGAUGAGGAUGAGCGGACAGUGUAUGUGGAAUUACUUCCCAAAAAUGUUAAUCACAGCUGGAUUGAAAGAGUAUUUGGGAAAUGUGGCAAUGUUGUUUAUAUAAGUAUACCACAUUAUAAAUCUACUGGAGAUCCAAAGGGAUUUGCCUUUGUAGAAUUUGAAACAAAAGAACAAGCAGCGAAAGCUAUUGAGUUUCUUAACAACCCACCAGAAGAAGCACCAAGAAAACCUGGCAUAUUUCCUAAGACAGUAAAAAAUAAGCCUAUUCCUGUCCUUGGAGUAUCAGAAGAAAAGAAAAAGAAGAAGAAGAAGAAAGGCCGAAUGAAGAAAGAGGACAAUAUCCAGACCAAAGAGUCAAAUAUUGACACAAGUAAAGAGACUGUAGGAAAAAUGAAAAGAUCCAGGACCACAUCUGAGGGAUCUGAAGUAGAGAUUACUGAACCCCAGAAGCCACCGUCUAAGAAAAAGAAAAAACGGGAAAGAGCAGAAGCAUCCAGCUUACCUACAGUCAGAACGGGGAAGAGGAAGAGAAGUAUCUCUGAAGAAGCAGAACACCCAACUCCCAGGUCAAAAGUAAAGAAAAUAACGCAGAAAGACAACAUUAAAAAAGAAGAUGUAGAAGUUCCCAAAGAAAACAAAGAUUUAGAAGUCUCUACUGAAGAGGAAAAGGAUACUGGAGAUGCAAAAGAUGGAUCCCUUUUAAAAGCAAAAAGGAAGCAUAAGAAAAAACACAAAGAGAGGCACAAAAUGGGAGAAGAGGUUAUACCCUUAAGAGUACUUUCAAAGAGCGAAUGGAUGGAUUUGAAAAAAGAGUAUUUAGCACUGCAAAAAGCCAGCAUGUCUUCUUUAAAAAAAACAAUAUCCCAAAUAAAAUCGGAGUCAAAAAUGGAAACAAAUGGAGUAGCUCCUAACUCUGGAAUAGAAAAUGAAAAAACAAACAGUGAAGAGUGUUGUCCCCAGGAAAAGGUUAAUGCAACAGGACCACAGUUUGUCAGUGGCGUGAUUGUGAAGAUCAUUAGCACUGAGCCUCUGCCUGGCAGGAAACAAGUCAGGGAUACUUUGGCAGCAAUCUCAGAAGUUGUUUAUGUGGACUUGCUAGAAGGAGAUACAGAAUGCCAUGCUAGGUUUAAAACCCCUGAGGAUGCUCAAGCAGUAAUAAACGCAUAUACGGAAAUUAAAAAGAAACACUGCUGGAAUCUCGAGAUCCUUUCUGGUGAUCAUGAGCAGAGGUAUUGGCAGAAGAUUUUGGUAGAUAGGCAGGCCAAACUUAAUCAGCCUCGUGAAAAGAAAAGAGGCACUGAGAAGUUAAUCACCAAAGCUGAGAAGAUUAGACUGGCAAAGACUCAACAAGCAAGUAAACAUAUUAGAUUUUCUGAAUAUGAUUAA